GGAGAAGGAGAAGACAAUAGACAAGAAAAAUCGUCUCUUAUCAUCAACACUAUGCAGCUUCUUCUUCGUCUUGCCGAUGCAAAACACAAGUCAACUGUUCUUAUGAUCUGUUGGAGAAAAAGGAGAGCACUUAUUGAUUUCGAUUCUUAGUGAUUGAGGAAGACACAAUCAUGUAACUGUCUGAUAUGGCAUCUUCAUCUGCUGUUGCUCAUAAAUGGAAGCAUGAUGUGUUCCUUAGUUUUAGAGGCAAGGAUACGCGCAACAAUUUUACCAGCCAUCUCUAUGAUGCUUUGUGUCGUAAGAAAAUGAAGACCUUCAUUGAUGAUGGGCUUGAAAGAGGAGAAGAAAUUACCCCUGCCCUUCUGAAAACGAUUGAAGAAUCAAGAAUUUCUGUGGUAAUUUUCUCCAAGAACUAUGCAUCUUCUCCGUGGUGUGUGGAUGAACUGGUGAAAAUACUUGAAUGCAAAGAGACUUAUGGGCAGAUUGUUUUACCGAUCUUCUAUCAUGUAGACCCAUCUGAUGUUGAUGAACAGACUGGGAGUUUUGGAAAUGCAUUUGCUGAGCUUGAAAAUUUUUUUAAGGGGAAGAUGGACAAGGUGCCAAGGUGGAGGACUGACUUGACAUACGCAGCCAGUAUAUCUGGAUGGGAUUCACAGGUUACGAGUCCGGAGGCCAAACUCAUAAGAGAAGUUGUGCAAACUAUCUGUAAGAGGUUAAGUCGUGCUUCCCCAUGCAAAUUAAGAGGUCUGGUUGGAGUAGAUUCACGCAUUGAGAAAAUCAACAAAUUACUAUCCAUUGUGUCAUCAGAUGUCCGCAUUAUAGGAAUUUGGGGCAUGGGUGGUAUAGGCAAGACAACUAUUGCGGAAGCUUUCUUCUAUAGCAUCUCAAGUCAGUAUGAAGGCUGCCACUUUCUUCCGAACAUAAGGCAGGAGUCAGAAAAGGGUGGAUUAAGUGAUCUACGAGAGGAACUUCUUUCUAAACUACUGGAGGAAGAAAAUCUUCGCGUUGGCACACCACAUAUACCUACUUUCAUCAGGGAUAGACUCUGCCAAAAGAAAAUUCUCCUUGUUUUGGAUGAUGUGAAUGAUGUACUACAAUUCGAGCAUUUAAUUAAAGAGCGUUCGUUUGGUGAAGGCAGUGUUGUUGUUGUGACAUCAAGAGACAGGCAAGUACUUAAGAAUGUAGUUGAUGAAAUAUACGAGGUUGAGGAAUUAAACUUCCACGAAGCUCUUCAACUCUUUAGCUUGAAUGCUUUUAAGAGAAACCACCCCCUAGAAGCUUAUAUGGAGUUGUCAAUCACGGCAAUAAAUUAUGCCAAAGGGAACCCGUUAGCUCUUCAAGUUUUGGGUUCCUUCUUAUUUGACAAAGGGAGACAUUUUUGGGAAUCUCAAUUAAAUGAGAUCGAAAGCUUUCCUGAGUUGAAUAUUUAUGACUUGCUGAGAAUAGGCUUUGAUGCACUACGUGAUCAUAACACGAAGAGUAUAUUUCUUGACAUUGCAUGUUUUUUUAAAGGGCAUCGAGUUGAUUUUGUAAAGCGGAUUUUAGAUGGCUGCGGUUUCAAAACAGAUAUUGGAUUUAGUGUUCUCAUUGACAGGUGUCUCAUUAAAAUUUCAGAUAACAAGGUUGAAAUGCAUGAUCUUUUGCAAGAAAUGGCCCAUGAAGUUGUUCGUAAAGAAUCUCUUGACGAGCUGGGAAGACAGAGCAGAUUGUGGAAUCCAAAAGAUGCAUAUCAAGUGUUGACCAAUAAUCUGGGAACUGGAAAAGUUGAAGGGAUAUUCUUGGAUGCUUCAAAAAUAAGAGAAAUUGAGUUGAGUUCUACAGCCUUGGAAAGGAUGUAUAAACUUAGACUGCUAAAAAUUUAUAAUUCUGAAGCUGGAGUUAAAUGCAGAGUGCACCUUCCUCAUGGCCUCAAGUCUCUUUCCGAAGAGUUGAGGUAUCUCCAUUGGGAUGGAUACCCUUUGACAUCUUUGCCUUGCAAUUUUCGUCCACAGAACCUUGUUGAACUUAACCUAUCAUCUAGCAAGGUUGAGCAACUGUGGAGAGAAGGCCAGGAUCUCGUCAAUUUAAAAGAUGUCAACCUCAGCAAUUGUGAGCACAUAACUUCCCUGCCAGACCUUUCAACGGCCAGAGACCUUGAGAGAUUGAAUCUUCAAUUCUGUACAAGUUUGGUUACGGUUCCUUCAUCUAUACAGCAUCUUGACAAGCUUAAUGAUUUAGAUUUGAGAGGCUGCAAAAGACUAAUCAAUCUUCCCAGUAGAAUUAAUGCAAAUUUUCUGGAGACUCUGAAUCUUUCUGGUUGCUCAAAUCUCAAGAAGUGCCCAGAGACUGCAAGGAAACUGACAUAUUUAAAUUUAAAUGAGACUGCUGUUGAAGAGCUUCCCCAAUCAAUUGGGGAACAAAGUGGACUUGUUGCGUUGAAUUUGAAGAACUGCAAACACCUGGUUAAUCUUCCAGAAAACAUAUAUUUGUUGAAAUCUCUUCAAAUUGCUGACAUCUCUGGCUGCUUAUCUAUCAGCAGGCUUCCUGAUUUUUCGAGGAAUAUAAGAUACUUGUACUUGAAUGGAACUGCAAUAGAAGAGCUGCCAUCUUCAAUUGGUGGUCUAAGGGAACUCAUUUUUUUAGAUCUAGGUGGCUGCAACAGGCUAAAGAAUCUGCCGAGUGCGGUUUCUGAGUUGGGAUGCCUUAAAAAACUUGAUCUUUCCGGUUGCUCAAGUAUCACGGAGUUUCCAAACGUUUCAAAUAAUUUAAAGGAGCUGUAUUUAAAUGGGACAGCAAUACGAGAGAUUCCCUCCUCAAUAGAAUGUUUGUUUGAUCUUGCUGAAUUGCACCUAAGAAACUGCAAACAAUUUGAGAUUCUUCCUAGCAGCAUCUGCAAGUUGAGAAAAUUGGAGAGGCUUAAUCUCUCAGGUUGCAUCCAAUUUCAAAAUUUUCCAGAAGUUUUGGAGCCGAUGGUAUAUUUGAGAUAUCUCUAUUUAGAACAGACAAGCAUAACAGAGUUGCCUUCACCGAUUGGAAAUAUGAUGGAACUUGCCUGCUUGGAAGUGGGAAACUGCAAAUAUCUACGAGACAUCGAAUGUCUUGUCAAAUCGCAAUUGCCCGAGAGAGGCGUGGAUUUAGAUUGUUUGCGUAAGCUAAAUCUAGAUGGUUGCAAUCUAUCGGAAGUGCCGGACAGUCUUGGUCGUUUUUCGUCACUGGAAGUGUUAGAUCUAAGUGGAAACAAUUUCAGGACAAUACCUAUAACCAUCAAUAAACUGUUUGAGUUGCAAUAUCUAGGAUUAAGGAAUUGCAGGAGGCUUGAAUCAUUACCGGAGCUUCCACCACAGCUAUCAAAGUUGGAUGCAGACAAUUGCGAGAGAUUGAAUCAUUACCAGGGCUUCCACCACAGGUCAUCAACUGUAGUUGAGGGGAACAUUUUUGAAUUCAUUUUCACUAAUUGCUCGAGAUCGCGUUUGUUCAAUCAAAUCUUGGCGUACUCAUUACUGAAAUUUCAACUUUAUACCAAAAGGUUAUACCAUCAGCUGCCCGAUUUUCCAGAAGCGGCAUGUAGUUUCUGCCUCCCUGUAGAUGCGACUCCGGAAUGGUUUAGCCAUCAAAGUUGGGGUUCUACAGUAACAUUCCAGCUAUCUUCACAUUGGGCUAAUAGCCAGUUCUUGGGUUUCUCUCUUUGCGCUGUCAUUGCAUUUGGUUCUGUCAGCCAUAGUUUGCAAGUUAAAUGCACAUAUCACUUUCGCAAUAAGCAUGGUGAAAGUCGUGACCUCGUUUGCUAUCUCCAUGGUUGGAAUGAUGAGAAGCGAAUCAACUCAGCACACAUAUUGGUGGGGUUUGAUCCCUGUGUGGUUGCCAAAGAAGAUUAUAUGUUUAGUGAAUAUAGUGAGGUCUCUGUUGAGUUCCAACCGGAAUUUACCAACGGAAAUCUCUUACCAUUAGAUCUUUGUCAAGUACACGAGUGUGGGGUCCGUCUACUGUAUGAAGAUCGCUUUGAUUUGAUUAGGUCAGGCUAUUUUUGUUUUUAUCCUACGAAUGGUGAUGAAUUGCAAACAAUGUUCCAAGCCAAGAGAGCAAGGUUCCAAGGCAUGAGAUGGGAGGAUUAUUAUGUCAUGCGUAGGACCUAUGAAUUCUUGGCGGACCUUCAGCUGCCUGAUGUUGUAGCUAAGCCAUCUAGUUUCUGCCUCCCGGGAGACACGACUCCGGAGUGGUUUAGCCAUCAAAGUUGGGGAUCUACAGUAACAUUCCAGCUAUCUACAAAUUGGGCUAAUAGGAAGUUCUUGGGUUUCUGUCUUUGCGCAAUCAUAGUCAUUGGAUUUGGUUCUGCCAAUUAUAGUUUUGGUCAGAGUUUGCAUGUUAAAUGCACAUAUCACUUCCGCAAUAAGCAUGGUGAUACCCGUGACCUUGACUGCUAUCUCCAUGGUUGUUGCUGUCUCCAUGGUUGGAAUGAUGAGAAACGCAUCGACGACUCAGCAUACAUAUUCAUGGGAUUUGAUCCCUGUGUGGUUGCCAAAGAAAAGGAUACGUUUUGUGAAUAUAGCGAGGUCUCAGUUGAAUUCCACCGCGAGGUCUUAGAUGAAUUCCACCUGGAAAACAAUUUAUUUCCUUGUUGUCACGUGGUUGAGUGUGGGGUCCAUCUACUGUAUGACGGUGGGGCGUUUGGGCUCCGUCUACUGCAUGCCAAUGAUGAAGAUAAGAUACAACGCUUUCAUUUGAUAAUGUCAGACUCCUCUCGUUUUGAUCUUCUAUAUGGAGAUGACUUGAGAGUAAGGUUCCAAGCCAAGAGAGCAAGGUUUCAAGCUGAUAGAUGGGAGGAUUAUUCUGUUAUGCGUAGGACCUAUGAAUUCUUGGCGGACCUUCAGCUGCCUGAUGUUGUAGUCGAGCCAUCUAGUUUCUGCCUCCCUGGAGACGCGACUCCAGAGUGGUUUAGCCAUCAAAGUUGGGGGUCUACAGUAACAUUCCAGCUAUCUUCACAGUGGGCUACUAGCGAGUUCUCGGGUUUCUCUCUUUGCGCUGUCAUUGCAUCUUAUUCUUUCAACUUUGAGUUGCAAGUUAAAUGCACAUAUCACUUCCGCAAUGAGCACGGUGAUAGCCAUGAUCUCUAUUGCUAUCUCCAUGGUUGGUAUGAUGAGAAGCGCAUGAACAUAUUCAUGGGAUUUGAUCCCUGUGUGGUUGCCAAAGAAAAGGAUACGUUUAGUGAAUAUAGCGAGGUCUCAGUUGAAUUCCAACUGGAAGAUAAGAACGGCAAUCUCUUACCAUUAGAUCUUUGUCAAGUGAUUGAGUGUGGGGUCCGCCUACUGCAUGCCAAUGAGAUAUAUCGCUUUGAUUUCAUCAUGCAUAGAUACUAUCGUUUUUUUCCUCAGGAUCAAGAUGGAUUGGAAGCAAUGUUCCAAGCCAAGAGAGCAAGGCUCCAAGUCAAUAGACCGGGGGGUUAUUCUAUCAUGCGUAGGACCUAUAAAUUCUUGGCGGACCAUCAGCUGCCCGAUGUUCCAGCUUGGCCAUUUAGUUUCUGCCUCCUGAGGCCAUUUAGUUUCUGCCUCCCUAGGCCACCUAGUUUCUGCCUCCCUAGGCCACCUAGUUUCUACCUCCCUGAAGAUGUAACUCCGGAGUGGUUUAGCCAUAAAAGGUGGGGAUCUAGAGUAACAUUCCAGCUAUCUUCACAGUGGGCUAAUAGCGAGUUCUUGGGUUUCUCUCUUUGUGCUGUCAUUGCAUCUUAUUCUUUCAACUUUGAGUUGCGAGUUAAAUGCACAUAUCACUUCCGCAAUGAGCACGGUGAUAGCCAUGAUCUCUAUUGCUAUCUCCAUGGUUGGUAUGAUGACAAGGGCAACAAUCCAGCACACAUAUUCGUGGGAUUGGAUCCCUGUUUUGUUGCCAAAGAAAAGGAUACGUUUAGUAAAUACAGCGAGGUCUCAGUUGACUUCCGGCCAGAAGAUAUGAAAGGCACUUCACUAGAUUUUUGUCAGGUGAUUGAGUGUGGGGUCCAUCUACUGCAUGCCAAUGAGAUGCAUCACUUUGAUUUCAGCACGCAAUAUCACUUUGAUUUCAGCAUGCAAGAUCACUUUGAUCCUCAGGAUCGAGAUGAACUGAAAGCAAUGUUCCAAGCCAAGAGAGAAAGGUUACAAGGAAAUCUGUGUAUCGGACUUUAUGGCUCAUCUUCUAGUACUAUUGGACCUUUUGGAAGUACUGUUGAAUAUGGCUCAGAGCUUGGCUUGGCUUCGGAAUAUGGCUUGGAGCGCGGCUCGGCUUUGGAAUAUGGCUCAUGGCUCGGCUUGAGGCUUGGCUCUGCGCGGCUCAAAUAUGGCGCGCAUGUGGCUCACUCAUCUUCUUUCUCGGGGCGCGUGGGCAACAGUGCUGAAACUUCAAACGGAGAGUGUGGUCCACCCCGUGCUCCGAUUGAUCUGAUUUUUGCACCGUUGAGUUCGUAUUGA